AUGGUAACACCCUUCCACACAGGAUUUGACACCUUGACCUUGUUAGCCCCGUUGAAAACUGUUUAUCGUUCCAUAUUUAUUCUAAAAUUCACAGUUUUGUGUCAAUGAUAAAAAAACAGUGUCAUCAAACAAUAUAUUCAGUUUGGCUGCAAAAAUGUUGACUUUGCCCCAUAACUAUCUACCCAUAAUGAGGCCAUCUUUUAAAUAAAUGACACCAUCUGGGAUCAUACUGGCUGCCUAUAAGUCAUGCCUUCAUUUUGUUAUUUGCUUGGCAAGCACAAUGAACAUUUUACUGAAUUUAUAGAAAAUAUGACUCACUCAACUUACAACGCGGUAAUGAAGAACACAUUUACAGCACCAUCAUCUGGAAUCUUGCCUUUAAUUAUUUUAAGCAGUGAACACAGGGAAAAGAGAGAGUGUCCACGUGUAGAUAAACUAUAAAGGAUGAAUGCGACUUUUACAACAGUUGGAAUAAAGGUGAAGGAUAUGGUAUCCUGUGAUUACAAACUGUGACGUGGGAGGGUGAGAGAACAGGAUGCAUCUGACGAGUAUGCAGUGGCGUCGAUAACGUGUUUGUGCGCAGGUUCAAAUGUCAUUCUUUGUUAUUGUGCAAAGUCUAUUUGAAGUGUAUUGUUUGUUCAUUUUUUCUGAUUGCUUUUUGACCUUAUCAGUAUAAACAAAAAAAAACAAACAUGCAAUAUUUGAAAAUUUGAUAAUAUUUGAAAAAACCCAUGCUUUUCUGUACAUUAUAUAAAAAAAAACCUGUACAUUCUUCGGCACAUUCUCUUUCUGAAAGUAGAGAUAGGUUGCCACCUAGUGGGCAAAAAGCUGUCCUGCCUUUUUUGGGGGAGUGGUGGUUGGUGGUUAGGGGAGCGGACUUAGGUCCACUAGCUGCAAAAUUACCACUGAGGUGCUCUGAGCAUGGCACCGUCCCCUCACACUGCCCUCCAGGGGCUUAAGCUGCCGCCUGCUCCCUUUAGUGAUAAGUUAAAUGCAGAGGUCACAUUUUGUUGUGUGGUUCACUUUCCUUCCUUUCCUUUCCCUUCCUUAAACCUUUUUCUUACAUACCUCUUAAAGAGGACUGUCUGACUGCCUGCGUAAUGUUGUUGUUACACAUUUUAGAAAUUACAGAUGCAUCAAUCAAGAUUAGAAGUAAAUCCUCAUCUAUUUUUUAAAUGUAUUGUUAUUAUUUUAAGGUAACCCACAUUUUGUAAAAAGCAAAGUUAAAGUCAUGGCAUUGCAGUUAUUAAUUAAGAAUAAGGUGUUUGGGUUUCUGUGUAGGUUUCUUUCAGCUCAUAAAUGUAGAAUACAACAAAAUGAAAACAUUAUUGUCCUGAAAGUAAAAAAAAAAAGAGUAAUGUUUAUGUAGAAACAUAAACAUGUUUAUGUACUUGUCUUAUGUCAUACAUACAUUUUUGUGAAUAAAACAUAUGUAUUUCAUUAUGUAUGACAUUAAUGAACACAUCAUUGUUACAGUUCUUUUUCACAAAUCCAUUUAAAUAAUGCUGUUUUCUUUUUGACCUUCCAGGUCCAGUAUACUCCACAAUAGAGACUGAAGCAUCCAUCCCUCACCGCGGUGUCACUACAGUUGGUCCUGUAGCACUAAGCUUCAUGGCGGGGUUCGCUGUCCAUUGACGCAACACGCUGCCUUACUGCACCAGCAGCCAUGUCCGCCUGCAGCACAUUCACUGAGCACGUAUGGAAACCUGGCGAGUGCAAGAACUGUUUCAAACCUAAAAGUCUGCACUGUGUGGCUCAGAGUGGUGGAGGGAAGCCUCCCUCUGACCAGAGGCUUCCCACAGUCCAGCAGCACAAUCCACUCUCUCCUGGAGCUAGAACCAACUCAAACCUUACUAAUAACUCCCAAAGGGCUAGCUGUGGGACAGGCCGCUCGGGAAACUUCCGACCACCAGUGGCUAAGAAGCCCACUAUUGCUGUUAAACCUACUAUGAUGCUGCCCUGUUCCUCUGCAGGGCUGGACUCUGAUGGGAACCUGCAACAACCACCAAGUGUAAUAGAGCAGGGAAAAGAAUCUGCCUUCAUAGUCUGGAAUCGCAAUGGACUGAACCACAAAAGGCCAAUUGGACUUAGCAACAACAAUGAGGGAGAGGAUGCCAACAAGGACAUUAAGGGCUAUGCACAACUUAGUCCAAGGACACCUACUGGAAAUAAUAAUAAUAGUGGUCUGACAGAUGUUCUCAAGGAGAUUGCAGGAUUAGGACCUGGCCCGAGUCCCCCACUUCUGUCAGGUUCAAAAGAUGUCUUUUGGGGAAGAAUAUGUAGCUCAUACCAGCGGUCCUUAGAAAGAGGUCUUCCAGCUUCAAGCUGUUUGGCUGUUGGAAGUAGCAGUAGUGGAGGUGGAGGCAGUGCUCAGAAGCGAGUUUCUCUCAGUGACAGCACUGAGGUUAUCAGCACAGAAGGAGGUCGUUUCUGCUAUCCGGAAUUUUCCAGUGAUGGUGAAGAUUACGAAGAGGAUGAUGAAGAGGACGACACUGAUAGGGAUGAUGAAGAUGAUGAACAUGAAAGCUGGGAUGAAAGUGACGAAGAGUUACUCGCAAUGGAGAUACGUAUGCGUGGCCAACCACGAUUCGCAAAUUUCCGCGCAGCCACUUUGUCUCCAGUGCCUUUUGCUGCUGGAAAAAAAUGGAAUACGGUACCACUUCGAAAUCGCUCUUUACAGCGGAUAUGUGCAGUGGACUAUGACGAUAGUUACGAUGAGAUCUUAAAUGGAUACCCUUCCAUGGACCCCAAUGCCUGUUUACUUCCUUAUGGCUCUCAAAGCAUACAGGGCAGUGGUUUUCUGUCAAAUUCUGAGCAGACAACAUCUGCAGAAUCAUCGUCGUCACAACCAGAUGAUUCUCAAACCAUUUCUAGUAGUGGGAGCAGUGCUUUUCAGCAGGCCAUACAUUCUCCCACCUCACCUAAAGCACCUGCCUUGAGCACUCCUCCGAGGAAGGAGCCGGUCCAUAGAGCACUGAGUCCACUCAGGGUUACUGAAACGCACAAGGCUGUCCUGGCCAUUAGAUUAGAAGAUCAGGAAAAUAGAGAUGGAAAGCCAAUGCCACAGGCCCUUCCUGGUCAACCAGUGACCAUCAGUUUUAGCCCCACAGAAGAGCAGGCAAAGCCAUACCGUGUUGUAAAUCUGGAAAAAUCACUUAUCUGUAAGCCCUACACUGUAGUGGACGUGUCGGCCUCCAUGGCUAACAAAGAUGAACAAAAUCCAGACUCUGCCCAAAAUUCAAAAAACUUGUCCAUGCCCUCCAGCCCCACCUCCUUCUGUAGCACUCCUUUAGGUCCGCCCCUGUGCCCAGCAUCCCUCGUUUCCCCAUCAACACCUGUGAUGCCAACAUCUCCAAACUCACUAACCUCUCCUGUGGGGCAAACAUCUCCUACUUCUGUUUCAGUGUCAUGUAACAGCCGAAAGAAAUCGGGAAAUAUACGAUAUCAAGAAGUGUGGACAUCAAGCACCAGCCCUCGUCAGAAAAUACCUAGAGUAGAUUGUGGAGUUGGGAGUGCUUCUGGUCCCUCUUCAUCCACAAAACUUUGUAGUCACAAGUCAGCUCCGACUUCCCCCAUUGCUGGGCUGUCAUCCUCUCGAACUGUGCCUGUGAAAUCACCAAACCUGUCAGAGAUCAAAUUCAACAGUUUCAACAAUGCAGGCAUGCCACCUUUUCCCAUUAUAAUUCGGGAUGAGCCGACCUACGCCCGCAGCUCCAAAAAUGCAGUAAAAGUACCAAUUGUCAUCAAUCCAAGUGCAUAUGACAACCUUGCUGUGUACAAGAGCUUUUUGGGACUAAAUGGGGAAUUACCCCAGCCAAAAGGUAGAGGUAAUAGGGUAACCAGUCAUACAUAUGAAGAGAUUGGAUCCUCUGAAAGUUUUCAGUCUACCUCCACAGAUAAAACUUUUUCUGGGAGAAACACGUCAGAGAGAACUUCUUUUGAAGAGACAAAAUCUCCGCUUGAAGCAGGAUCAAAAACCCAUUUACAGACUAAAACCACUACAGAAACCAGCACUGUGAAAAGUUUGGUGAAGAGCUCCAAAGUUAGGGCUCUUUCUCCUACUACAUCUACAAGUACCCCUGCCAAUCUUGCCAUUAAUGCAACUUCACCUAAACCAAGCCCCGCAGCACAUGCUGUUACACGCUCUUGCAAGACUAUCGGUGAUGCCUCCCACUCUAAAGAUCAAGAUGCAGAUUUGGUUUUGACUUCAGGGGCAGCUGUAGGUCAUAAAGAAGAGGCCAGUGCUGUACUUUCACAGAUCGUGGCCUCCAUCCAGCCUCCUAAGUCUCCUCCAGAGUCGCCCUCAGCACACGACAAAAACACUAGUUCUGAAGAACUGUAUGCUCUUCCACCUGAUGCUGUGAAGGAGACCCUGAGCAGACCUAGGUCCCUUUUUUCAACCACUGAUGGUUGUCUUUCCAUGCCCAAGAAGGACUCCCAUUCUAAAGUUUUAGCUAAAUCUCAGAGUGCCUCUGCUGCUGUGCCACUCUCCAGUCCACGCUCUGAACCUAGUGCCCCUUUCCCACCUCCAAGGUCUACAUCUUCCCCACACCAUACUUCAAACAUCCUCCAAAGACAUUUUAGUAACUGGGCCAGAAGUUCAGCCUUCAGUUCUCCUUCAAGAACCAAUGAUGGUGAAAGAAGUCCAGGUGGAGACGGAAGACAUACCAUAACAGAAAAUGCCAAACCAAAACGUUGGAUUUCCUUUAAGCGCCUCUUUCGCAGAGGGAAGGAUGAGGAUGAACAGAGAGAGAAAGCAGAGAAAGAAAAGGAGAAGGGGAAGUUGGUUGGUCUGGAUGGAACUGUUAUUCACAUCCUUCCACCACCACCAGUCCAACAACAUCAAUGGUUCUCUGAGGCCAAACCAGAGGAUCCCACCCAAAAGCCAACCAUCAUAUUCACCUACAAACCAGAGGGUGGGACAUCUGGUGAUGAGGAGGGAGAACUCUGUGUAGAAGCAUCUAGAGACACUUCACAAAAGACACAGGAUGAAGCACAAACUACUGGAGAUUGCCACAACAGUAAAGAACUCAGCCAGGUACCAGUCAGUGCCAGAGAGCGAGAACUGCUCAGCGCGAACUGUCAAAAUGCCAAAGUGAAUCUGGGUCUGGUGCUGGGGGAGGAUGAAGAGGGACAUGCCAACACGGUCGCCCCACCGGCUUCAGCCAGUGAUGGCAGUGGCAGCCUGGGGGAGCCAGAGGAUGAUGGGAACCGAUCCCACUCUCCUGCCUCUAGCCAGAACAGUGCCACCUACAGUAACCUUGGUCAAUCCAGAGCCAACAUGAUCCCACUGAAACAGCCACGUAACAUGAAAGCUUCCAACGACACCCUGGCUUCUCUGGACCUGGACACUCUCCCUGACCUGCCACCCCCACCACCACUACCUAAAAAGGGCGUGCCUCGUCCUGCCACUGAAGCCACACCGGGAGGUAAAGAAACCGUGCAGGCAGCUGUGAGACCUCGAGCUGAGGCUAAACCUGGUGGCACCAACCUCAGCGUUGCCAACCCUUUGUAUGACUUGGACACCACGUGGGAGACAGCAAGUCAGAGCUCCUCCUUAAGUGCGGAGCCUCACCGAGCCCUGAACCAUGAGAGCGGAGACUCACUUGAGGUACCAGCAGCUCCUGCUUCUGCUAGCAAGAGCCAACCCAAUAACGGCACAUUUGCUGGGCCUAGUGCCACCACCGGCAGAGAAAGACGAGCCUACCCAAGUACUGAGUCUUUGGCCGGAAGAGGUCACACCACAGGGCGUGCAACUGGGGGAGGAGACCCAAAACCCCAGAGGUCUGCUCUAUACAGGUCCCUGGAGAGCUGGGAUGAGGUGGUGGGGAGGAUCCGGAGUCUCCACAUGGACACAUUACGGAAGCUGGCGUCAAAGUGUGAAGACCGUUUCAUGGCCGGCCAAAAAGGUCACAUAAGAUUUGGUACAGAGAGCUGGUCCCACUUCAGGCUGACCACAGGGAAACCCUGCUGCGAGGCUGGGGACGCUGUUUACUACACUGCAUCUUAUGCCAAGGACCCGCUGGUCAACUAUGCCAUUAAGAUUUGUCGGAGCAAAGUGAAGGAGACGCAGCAGCAGUUUUUCCACAGUCUCGCAGUCAGACAGAGUCUGGCUGUGCACUUCAACAUCCAGCAGGACUGUGGACAUUUCCUGGCUGAUGUGCCUUCACGCCUGCUGCCCUGGGAAGAGGAGGAGGAGGAUCAGGAGGAAGUAGAGGGUGAUGAGGAGGGAGAUGUCACCAAGUUGAAGGAGAAAGAUAAAGAACCAGAGACUGAAGCCAAGAAGAAUGCUCCAAAUACCAAACUGGAUGAAACAGCAGCAGCAGCAGGUCACGUCAACAAUCGCCUGAGGAGCCGGGUGGUGGUCAUCACGCGAGAGGUUCCCUUCCAGACUGUGGCAGACUUUGUCAGAGAAGGUGUGGUCAGACACACUCAGAACCCAGAGCUGUACGAGCGUCAGGUCUGCGUCCUGCUGCUGCAGCUGUGCUCCGGCCUGGAGCACAUGAAACCGUAUCACGUCACCCACUGCGACCUGCGACUGGAAAACCUGCUGCUGGUCCACUGCCAACCUGGUAACACCUGGAAUCUGGACUUACUCGAGCCCAACAACAACAGCAACAGCAGCGGCUCUAGUGCGGCCUCUGCUGGUGCCCCUGCUGCCACUGCUUCUUCUUCAAAUACCACGUGCCCCGCUCGCCUCAUCAUCAGUAAUUUCUCUCAGGCCAAACAGAAGAGCGCUCUGAUAGCGUCGGACCCUGGUACUCUGCGGGACCAGUCGCGUCUGGCACCUGAAAUCAUCACGGCGACUCAAUAUCGCAAAUGUGAUGAGUUUCAGACUGGGAUUCUCAUCUAUGAGAUGCUGCACCGGCCCAACCCUUUUGAGGAGACGCCAGAGCUGAAGGAGAGGGAGUACACAUGGGCCGAUCUGCCUCCACUGCCCGUCAGAUCACUUUAUUCACAGGGUCUCCAGCAGCUGGCCAGGUUACUGCUCACCGUCAACCCCUCUGAGAGGAUCAGGAUGUCUGAGGCACGGGCCUGCCUCCAGUGCCUCCUCUGGGGCCCUCGUGAGGACCUGUUCCAGGCUCUGGGCUGCAGCAGCUCUGGCCCCAUGUCGGGGGCCACGGCCAGCCAGCGCGAGGCCACGCUCCAAAACUGGCUGGACCUGAAGCGGACACUGAUGAUGAUCAAGUUUGCAGAGCGAUCGCUGGAUGCAGCGUGCGGCGUGAGCCUGGAGGACUGGCUCUGUUGCCAGUACCUGGCCUUCGCCAGCACGGACACCCUGAGCCGAGUGGUCCACAUCCUGCAGCAGCCGCAGCCCUUCCCUCGCACAGUGCACAGCCAGAGUCAAGGCCAAACCACACAUGUGGCCCACACCUUGCUCCUGACUCAAUCACAGCCACUCUGAGCUUCUUUGCCCCUCUGUUACCAUAGCAACGGAUCCAACUUUCUCCCAUGCGGUUACUUGGAGCCAGUCAUCAGAUUUAGUGUUUGAGCCCGUUCUGAAAUUAACAGGCCGAUUGUGCGAUAGCUGUGUUUUCUUCACGAGCAAGUCGAGUGUGUAUUUGUAUCAAACAGCUGCAGGCGUGAAGGUCAGGGUUUUAUCACUGCGCUCAGAAAGUCUGUUCUGUCAAAAAUGUCAAAUUCAGUGUGGGACAAACUAAAACCUAAAGUUAGUGAACUCGGUGAACAUUUCUUUCCAACAUUAGUGAAUUUUUAGAUCUUUUUUAUACAAAUUUGCAAGGCAGCAGCUGACGGUGAUUUAUUUGAGAUGAAUUACACGUAGUCUUCUGCGUAAACGAUCUCCUAAAGAUACAGGACAGUGAGCUGAGAAAUUUAAUGAAGAUAAAGUCAGACCUCAUUGACCCGGUCUUCACAGCGUGUUGUAUUUUAAGCUACAUUUCACUCUUGGAAAAGAAGGGUUUUAAAAUGAGUGCAGGGUGAAAUGGAAUUUUAAGAGAGGAUUAUUGAAAUGAAGUGAAGUGAAAAUUGAAAGGUCAAACCAACCGGGGAAAAGUUCUCUUCAAUUAGAAAGGGAAAAUAUAAAAUAUUUAUUGUAUUAAAACUAUUUCUUUUGGUUUUUGAUUCAAACUCUUAGAAUUUUUUUAUAUAUAUGCAUUAUUGAUUAACUCAUCUGACAAUUCAAUAUAAAAUAUCAUGGUUUAUUAUAAUCACACACUAUCCAGAAAAAAAAAGAAUAUAGCUUUUAAAAACAUUUUUUUUGUUUUGUUUUUUUAAAGACUUUUUAAUGUUUUAUUAAACAACUUAAAAGGCUGUGACGUCAUGCACAUUCAGCAGUAGUUUCCACUCUCUCUUUUGUACACGUAAGUGAACCUGUUGGUUAAGAAAUCUCCCAAAAUGUAACAACUUUUUAAGUAAAGACUGAAACACAGCCAGCUUUGAUUUGCAGCUACAGCCGUUCAGAGGGUGAACUGUUUGAAUCCAGACACACACUAUUAUGACUGUUGCCUGGGUUUCACGUUGGAAUUUGUGCAGUUAUUCAUGUCCUCAUCUUCAUUCACCCACUCUUCCUCCUCCUCCUCUUCCUCCUCUCGUUGUGUGGCACAUAAAGUGAUUCAUUUCAGUAACACAAUCGGUUUCUGUGUAAAGAUCUUCCUGUAUCAAAUGAUAUUUCGGGACUGAAAAAAACAAAACAAAAAAAGACUUCCUUAUUGUGGCAUGUGGUUUUUGUCACGUCGUGUACGAACGGUUUUGCGUUACAGAUAUUUGCACAUUCAGUCUGAGCGGUGGCUCGCUUUGGUGCAGACUGAAGAAAUGACGGUGAUGAGACGGUGAUGCCUGAGAGACUGAGAGACGUUCCUGUGAAUCUGAGGAGCUGGAUGUAAUGUUGGUCUUGAAGUGUGAGGAUUGUAAAGACUAAAACAGACUCUCGUUCUUUUUUUCUUUUUUUUUAAACAAACAAACACAUCUUCCAGUGGAACCACUUAUUCUCACAUUUACACUUCCUGACUUCUUCUCCUGACGCUUCCUGCUUUUUUUACCUGAAUAAAUAAACAAACUCUGAGCUAUUUAGCAAUAACGUUAACGCUGGAGUCAGUGAAGGCAACACAUUCAUCCACUUCAUCCACUUCAUGCAAAAAAAAUGGAAGAGAAAAACACUCGGAGUGUUUUGUGCACAUGGGUUUCGUUGUGGUUUUAUUUGGAAAAAGUAUUGAGGCCAGAAGCGUUCCGUUUGUUUCCACGUGCUUCCAGGUGGACGACACUGAGUUUAGUCUUCUGCUUGAAUUUAAAGGUUUAUAUUUUAAACAGUGAAUGAACGAUGUGAGGCCCCACAGUCUGUGGGUUUAAAUUUGAGACAAAGCAGGUGUGAUUUUGUUGCUGCAUUCAAGGUGUAAAGGAGUGUGUGUGGACGGCACUGGUGGCUGUCUUUAUAUUUACAGAUUUGUGUCUUUAGAUGUAUGCAUAUAUAUUUAGAUGUUAUCUAUAUUUGGAUGCAUAUGGAUAUAUGUCUGAAUAUAUGUAUAUAAAAACCUUUGAUCUGCUUU